AUGGAGGAGACAGAUAGAGUAACACUACAUGGAAUGUGGGCUAGUAGUUACUCUAAGAGGGUGGAAAUGGCUCUCAAAAUUAAAGGCAUGCCUUAUGAGGACGUGGAAGAGGAUUUAAGGAACAAGAGUCCAUUGCUCCUUCAGCCUGGGAAAAUACAUCAAGGCUUCGGCCCGUUGAUCCUUAUCAAGGAGCCGAAGUCCGCUUUCUGGGUUAGUUUUAUCCAACAACAGCUAUUUGAGUCCACGGGUAAGGUUAUCUUGAGCGAUGAAGAAGCACAAGAAAAGGCAGUAGAGGAAGUGCAGGAGAAAAUGAAAGUAUUGGAGGAGGGCAUUAAGGAAUUCUCUGCAGAGGACAUUCGGACCAGUGAUGGGAAAAAACUGGGAUUCAUGGACGUUCUGGUGAGUACAACAUUUAGCACCUACAAAGUUCUUGAGCCAGAAAAGAAUCCUCUGAUAUACACACGGGUGACAAAUUUGCAUGAGCUUCCUGUGGGGCAAGAGUUGCUUCCUCGUCACGACAAGCUAGUUGCAAUUCUGCAGGCUUGUACUAUUGAUCAUCCAUGGCGGUUGUGGAUUCCAGCAGAAUUCCAGCAGGCAACGAAUUGGAGUCCAGGCCUGGGGCUUUUAUCAUGGGCAAACCAUUUCUAUGCAUUGCAAAUGAAGGGUUACCUAAGAAGCAGAUCAAUUCUGUGCUAUGAAGAUGAUUAUGGAUACAGAGACAUUAAACAUUCAGUUAGCUCAUGA